CAGUUUUUCUAUUCAACACGAGCACCACACUGCAGGACACAGCGAUCCCAAACUUGUCCUCACAUGAGAUCUCCUCCCUUCGCCGUCAGCGCUGCACCGACUCCGCAGCUCCAAGCCGGCGAGCUCUCUUGUCUUCCCCACGCAAGCGCCGCCGGUAGUCCCAGCUUCUUAUUCUAAUCUGCUCCUGCCAGUAACAUCCAUGGAGGCCGCCCAGGGUGCGUCAUGUAUGUUUUCACUCACUUUCUUCCAUUCAUGGUGACUAACUCUGUUCUUGACCCGAUACGUUGGAUGGUCAGGAGGUUCUGUUGGGAUCGAAGUGCAGUUCGAUAGAACUUGGAAUUUAUCAGAGUAGCCAGUAUGAGAUUUCCAGUUUCUUGAUUCCUCAAAUUUUGUUUCAUGUUCUAGUAAUCGCUGUAGGAGUGACUAGAACAGCUUUGGUUUUCUGGACUCGAGGAUUGUAGACUGCCAAAAGAGUCUUUGAUUUGGGAUUUGGUUAUCAGCAGCAGCUGGGCAGGACGACAGGGACUACAAGUUCAUCGCGAUAGCCGUCGACGAGGCCUACCGAGCAGUUGACGGCGGCGGCGGCGGCGGUCGGCCCGUUCGGGGCGGUCAUCGUCCGCGGUGACGAAGAGGUGGUCAGCUGCCACAACAUGGUCCUGAAGGACACUGAUCCAUCGGCGCAUGCUGAAGUAACCGCGAUAAGAGAGGCCUGCAAAAAGCUAGGGAAGAUCAACCUCUCCGACUGUGAGAUCUACUCGUCAUGUGAGCCAUGCCCUAUGUGCUUCGGCUUAAUCCGUCUUUCCAAGAUCAAGAAGGUGGUGUAUGGAGCCAAGGCAGAGGUUGCCGCCGCUGCUGGGUUCAACAGCACCGUCCCUGAUGCUUUCGUAGAGUACUAUAAGAAAUCCGGCAUAGAAGUCAGGCAGGCCGAGGGCGAGGCAGCUCGGAUCGCUGAGGAGGUCUUUGAGAAGGUGAAGGAGAAAUUCCAAAUGAAGUGAUGUGCCGCAGAAGACAUGACAAGAAGGUGGAUCAUGGAUGAUUUGUGAAAGCUUUUUUUUCUGAAAAUUAUUUGUGGAAGCUAAAUGAGCAAUGCCAUUGUCAUGUCCAUGUUUUUGUAGUUUGUGCAGCCGGGACUUCAAACAUCAGAUAUAUAUGACCUAUAUGGUGCUCAUUUGUAAUCUAUGUCAUGAGCUGUGACUUCGUAAUAAUGCCCCAAGCUAUAUGCAUCGAACUAUGCAACCAAUGCAAAGACCAUUUUUUUCCAAAAAAAAAUCUAAA